CGGCAGCCUGCUCCCCACUGCACUGGCGCUGCUUACUGGAAGUCCGCUCCGCGCCGCUUCCACCAAGUGUCUCCACACUGUGAGCGGGAUCUUUUCCACAGGCGAACCGCUGAAACUUGCCCCCCCACCCUCCCCCCGUCUUCACUGUCUCAUUCAGACAGAGCCAAGGGAGAUUAUUAUCGGCAGGUUAAAGUAGCGGAGAUCGGUCUUCUCAACUCAGACACUGAACAACCCCCCCCCCCUCUCCACCACACACACACACACACAAACACACUCCCCACCGCCAACACCACUACCACACUCUGUCCCUCUCAGUCAGUCCGUUUUUCUUAUUUUUUCUUCAUUUUUUUGUAUUUGUAUUUGGUGGUGUGCCCCCCCCCCCCCCUACGAGGUGGGGGCUUUUCUCUUCUGGUUCACGCUCCGGGAGCGCGCGCGACGCACGAGGAGACGCGACAGCGCAUCUUAACAGAUGAGUCGCUGCGAGGUCCACGAGGCGCCGAUGAGUCCGGACUGAGCGCAGAGAGCGAAACACCUUGCCGGGGCCAUGGAAGCGUGCGCGUGUUGCGGGGGACUGUACGGGCUGAGAGGGGGACCCGCCGCCUGAUCGCCAAGCCCCCCCAACCACCACCACCCCCCGCGUCCCAGACCAGAGGAGCAUGCCUCAGACCCGCAGACUCCAGGAGUUCGCAUCAGACUUUCUUUCCGCAAUCUGACUUUUUUUUAAAAAUUUUCCUCCCACAUCCGCACCGACUUCAUUUCAAGCCCGUUCGGCCCCACUGCUUCUCAAGAAAGGUGAGAGGAUCAAUGAUGAGCAUCUCCGAGACCAGCUGGCUAGGACUUUCUUAAUCAGAACCUUUUCAGUCUCACACACACACACACACACGAACCUGCCACAAACCAUCAACGCCGGGCGCCAUGGCAUGCUCCCUGCUGAAACUACAGACCUUCUGCUGGUUUCUCAUCACACUUGCCCAGGUGCACUCCACGGAGGGGUUCAGUCGAGCUGCUCUGCCAUUUGGUUUAGUGCGGAGAGAGCUGUCUUGCGAGGGUUACCCCAUCGAUCUGCGCUGUCCCGGAAGUGAUGUCAUAAUGAUCGAAAGUGCCAAUUAUGGCCGAACGGAUGACAAGAUCUGUGACGCCGACCCGUUCCAGAUGGAGAACAUCAACUGCUAUCUCCCGGAUGCCUACAAGAUCAUGUCGCAAAGAUGCAACAAUCGGACCCAGUGCAUCGUGAUCACGGGUUCAGAUGUCUUCCCUGACCCCUGCCCGGGGACCUACAAGUACCUGGAGGUCCAGUAUGAGUGUGUGCCCUACAGUCCAUGCCCAACCAGAAUAGGACCAAGAACACAGAAUGUAUCGUAUCGCCACUGCCCUGAAGUGGAGCAAAAAGUUUUUCUUUGUCCCGGGACUUUGAAAGCCGUUGGCGAUCCUUCCUUUCUGUUCGAAGCGGAGCAGCAAGCCGGCGCCUGGUGCAAAGACCCGCUGCAGGCCGGUGACAAAAUCUACUUCAUGCCGUGGACUCCUUACAGGACAGACACUCUCAUCGAGUACUCCUCCCUGGACGACUUCCAAAACGCUCGGCAGACCAUCACCUACAAGCUGCCCCACCGGGUGGACGGGACUGGAUUUGUGGUCUACGACGGCGCCGUGUUUUUCAACAAGGAGCGCACGCGCAACAUCGUCAAGUUCGACCUGCGGACUCGAAUCAAAAGCGGCGAGGCCAUCAUCAACAACGCCAACUACCACGACACGUCGCCCUACAAGUGGGGCGGCAAGACCGACAUCGACCUGGCGGUGGACGAGAACGGGCUGUGGGUGAUCUACGCCACCGAGCAGAACAACGGCAUGAUCGUGAUCAGCCAGUUGAACCCCUACACGCUGCGAUUCGAGGCCACCUGGGACACGACGUACGAGCGCUCGGCCUCCGACGCCUUCAUGGUGUGCGGCGUGCUGUACGUGGUGCGCUCCACCUACGAAGACAACGAAAGCGAGGUCAGCAAGAGCCUCGUCGACUACGUUUACAACACCAAGCAGAACCGCGGGGAAUACGUUGAUAUCCACUUUCCCAACCAGUACCAGUACAUCGCAGCAGUGGAAUACAAUCCGCGAGAUAACCAGCUUUAUGUGUGGAAUAAUUUUUACAUCCUGAGGUACAACCUGGAGUUCGGCCCGCCCGAUCCGGCGCACGCUCCACCGCUGUCAGAAGUCACCAUGUCUCCUCAGCCUCAGAAAACUACAACCACCACCACCAGCGCCACAACAACCGCAGCGCACCGGGGUGUAGCCAACACUACCACCACAACAGGGCUCAAGGAGGGCAGCAGGGGAGCACCCAAGCCGCCUCCUGUGAUUCCGCAGACUACUUCCCCUCCGCCCCUCGAGUCCUUCCCUUUACCCGAGCGCUUCUGCGAGGCCACUGAGAAAAGAGACAUAAUGUGGCCUCAGACCCAGAGGGGCAUGCCCGUGGAGCGACCUUGCCCCAAGGGGACACGAGGCACGGCCUCUUAUUUGUGUGUUCUUUCCACUGGGGCCUGGCACCCAAAGGGCCCUGAUCUCAGCAACUGUACCUCCCACUGGGUCAACCAAGUAGCACAAAAGAUCCGCAGCGGUGAGAAUGCGGCCAACUUGGCCAACGAGUUAGCCAAGCACACCAAAGGCCCCAUCUUUGCCGGUGACGUCAGCUCCUCUGUGCGCCUGAUGGAGCAGCUGGUUGACAUCCUGGAUGCGCAGCUGCAGGAGCUCAGACCCAGUGAGAAGGAUUCUGCAGGACGGAGCUUCAACAAGCUUCAAAAACGAGAAAGGACAUGCAGGGCGUACAUGAAGGCCAUCGUGGACACGGUCGAUAACCUUCUGCGACCGGAGGCCUUGAAGUCAUGGCAAGACAUGAACAGCACGGAGCAAACGCACGCGGCCACCAUGCUGCUAGACACUCUGGAGGAAGGGGCCUUUGUGCUCGCCGACAACCUCAUGGAACCGGCCAUCGUCAAAGUUCCCGCCGACAACAUAAUCCUGGAUGUGUAUGUGCUCAGCACCGAUGGCCAGGUCCAGGAUUUUAAAUUUCCACAGUCGAGCAAAAGCAGUAUCUCAAUCCAGCUGUCUGCCAACACUGUCAAACUCAACAGUCGGAAUGGAGUCGCCAAGCUUGUCUUUGUGCUCUACAAAAAUCUGGGCCAGUUCCUCAGUGCAGAGAACUCCACCAUCAAGAUGGCCAACGAGGCUUACGGGCGCAACGUGUCGGUGGCCGUGAACUCUGACAUCAUCGCCGCCUCAAUCAACAAGGAGUCCAGCCGCGUGUUCAUCAACGACCCAGUGAUUUUUACCCUGGAGCACAUCGAUAUGGAGCACUACUUCAACUCCAAUUGCUCCUUCUGGAAUUACUCUGAGAGGAGUAUGAUGGGCUACUGGUCCACACAAGGCUGCAAACUCCUGGACUCCAAUAAAACUCACACCAGCUGCUCCUGCAGCCAUCUCACCAACUUUGCCAUCCUCAUGGCGCACCGUGAAAUCUCCGGCAACGACCGAGCGCAUGAACUGCUCCUAACCGUCAUCACUCGAGUCGGGAUCGUGGUGUCCCUCGUCUGCCUCACCAUCAGCAUCUUCACCUUCUGCUUCUUCCGGGGCCUGCAGAGUGAUCGCAACACCAUCCACAAGAACCUGUGCAUCAAUCUCUUCAUCGCAGAGUUGAUAUUCCUAAUUGGUAUCGACAUGACGGAACCCAGGAUUGGAUGCGCCAUCAUUGCGGGGAUCCUCCACUUCUUCUUCCUGGCUUCCUUCUCCUGGAUGUGUCUGGAGGGGGUCCAGCUGUACCUUAUGCUCGUUGAGGUCUUUGAGAGCGAAUACUCUCGGAAAAAGUACUACUACGUGUCCGGUUACCUCUUCCCUGCCAUUGUGGUCGGCGUCUCCGCAGCUAUCGACUACAGGAGCUACGGGACCAAGAGAGCGUGCUGGCUAAGUGUGGACAAUCACUUCAUAUGGAGUUUUAUAGGACCUGUCACCUUCAUCAUCAUGCUCAAUCUCAUCUUCCUGGUCAUCACCAUGUACAAAAUGGUGAAGCACUCUACCACCCUGAAACCAGACUCCAGCCGACUGGAGAAUAUAAAUAAUUAUCGCGUUUGUGACGGCUACUAUAAUACAGAUUUGCCUGGCUAUGAAGAUAAUAAACGGUUUAUCAAGUCCUGGGUCAUGGGCGCCUUCGCUUUGCUCUGUCUGCUGGGUCUCACCUGGUCCUUUGGUCUCUUCUUCAUCAACGAGGCCUCGAUUGUCAUGGCAUACCUAUUUACCAUAUUCAACACCUUCCAGGGGAUGUUCAUCUUCAUCUUCCAUUGCCUUCUCCAAAAAAAAGUCCGCAAAGAGUACAGCAAGUGCUUCCGCCACACGUACUGCUGCGGAGGGCUGCCGACCGAGAGCUCGCACAGCUCUGCCAAGACCUCCGGCACAAGGACCAGCGCGCGCUACUCCUCCGGCACGCAGAGUCGUAUCAGAAGAAUGUGGAAUGACACCGUAAGAAAGCAAACUGAGUCCUCCUUUAUCUCAGGUGACAUCAACAGCACCUCCACCCUUAACCAAGGAAUGACCGGGAAUUAUCUACUAACAAAUCCUCUUCUUCGACCACAAGGCACUAACAACCCUUAUAACACCUUACUGGCAGAGACAGUCGUGUGUAACACCCCCACGGCUCCAGUGUUUAACUCGCCAGUGACCUUCAGAGAGACAAGGCACUCACUGAACAAUGCGGUGAGGGAUACAAGUGCAAUGGAUACUCUACCGCUAAAUGGUAACUUUAACAAUAGCUACUCUCUCCGCAAUGGGGAUUUUGGCGACAGCGUGCAGGUGGUAGACUGCGGCCUCAGCCUGGACGAUGCUGCCUUUGAGAAAAUGAUCAUCUCUGAGCUAGUACACAACAACCUGCGUGCCUGUAACAAAAGCCACCACCAUCAGCAGCAGCAGCAGCAGCAGCAACAACAGCAGCAACAACAACAACAACAACAGCAGCAGCAGCAGCAGCAGCAGCAACAACAGCAGCUGCAGCACCACAGCUUACAUCAUCCACCCCACCAUCAGCAGCCCCCGCUGUACCACCGUCACCACCACACGGAGCGGGCUCCGCCCAAGGUGACAGUGGUCGUCGGCGGCAGCAGCAGCGAAGACGACGCCAUCGUGGCCGAUGCCUCCUCUUUGGUGCACGUGGGCGACACCGUGGGCCUCGAGCUGCACCAUCAGCAGCAGCUGGAGGCGCCGCUGAUCCCCCAGCGGACUCACUCGCUUCUGUACGCACCCCAGAAGAAGGUGAGGACCGAUGGGGGAGUUGAAACCUUUGUCAGCCAACUGACACCCACCAACCCCGAUGAUAGUCUGCAGUCCCCAAACAGAGACUCCUUGUACACGAGUAUGCCUAAUCUGAGGGACUCUCCGUACCCUGAGAGCAGCCCCGACGUGGUAGAGGAGCUGUCCCCCUGCAAAGGGGGUGAGAAUGAGGACGUUUAUUACAAAAGCAUGCCUAACUUAGGGGCUGGCCACCAGCUCCAAGCCUAUUACCAGAUAGGCCGAGGGGGCAGUGAUGGUUACAUUAUUCCUAUCGCUAAAGAUGGCUGCUUCCCUGAAGGCGAUGUACGGGAAGGACAGAUGCAGUUGGUGACAAGCCUUUAAAUUUUGGGCUAUUUAAAUCAUCACAAAAAACUCCUAUUGCCCUUUUGCAGCCCUGACCUCUUGAAGGACACACCAAUGAAUGGAAGAUAAGUGAUCGUUUUAUUUUUGGAGAGAGCUAAGAAGCCCCGUCAUGCACACUAGCCAUUUGCAAACCCUUUUCCUCCAGCUGCGCUGCAAUCUCCUCGCCCCUCAGACAUCCUCCUACCUUCCCUGCAGACCAACGGACUCGAUGCACAGUGAUGGCAGUGCAAAGUUUAAAUGAGACUGUACAUAAAAUGCAGAGUAAAAUUUCAAUUUUAAGAGACAAGCCAACUAUGUAUUUAAAUGUGCUGCUGCUGUUUAGAAAGGUUGAAGGUACAAAAAUGUAAAAAAAAAAAAAGGCAAAAAAAGACAAAAAAAACAAACAUUACUGGCUCCAUCAUAUCAGCAAUUUCUCGGUCAAAAGGUUGUACAUACACUUUCCAACAUCCUUGUUGAAGCCUGUUUUCUAUUAUUAUUAUUAUUAUUAUUGUAAACAAAACACCCCCCUGGACCAGGAUGUGGACUAAAAUGUUCCAGAUCAGACUGUCAGAAAAGGAACAUAAGCUCCUGGUUGCCCGGCGUCACUCCUCCACCUUGAAGUUUGGAUUGUAUAACCACUAGCAAUCAAGCCCCUGGCCUUAUAUUUUCUCAACUGUACAAUGAACUGUUGUCAAGGAAAAUGGCUAAAAUAUAUAUUUUGUUGUAUUGCUAGUGUAAAAUAAAAAAUCCUGGGAAGACGUUAAUAUGAAGAAACCUUUUAAUUCAAAAUUUAACGUUUGAAAAAUUAUUAUGUGUAGAAGUUGCACAUAUGUUAUACAGUGUGUUUAUGGUUCAACACUUCUUUCAUAAUAGUGUGUUUGAACGUAAAGGUUUAUGAAAAGAAAGGAGGAUUCAACAAAUUGAUGCGUUAUCACUUUCUUCCACUCGUGAACAGUGUUUUUUGCUUACUGAGUUCCAUUGGUCGCGCAUUUUGAAUAUAUGUCUAUAUGAUUUUGCCAAAGUGGCAUCAGCUUCAAUAGGAUGGGAAUGCAAAUUCCCAGUUAUAGCGGUUCAUGCAUUGCACAUUUCCGUGUGUAAAUCUGAAUGGAAUAGAUCUUUUAAACAGUCACGGCAGAGUGAUGGGCUUUUGACAAAAAAGUUUCUAUCAUAAAUGUAGUUCUUCCUCCUGGGUUUGGACAUUUUAUUUAUUAAAAAUCUAAUCCAAAAAAUAAAUGGGAAAUGUGUGAAUAUUUUCCAGCACUGGUAUACAUGAUGUACUGUAGCUCAUGUUUUUUAUGUAAACCUGUUACCUACCAGGUUCAUCACUUAAGACUGAUGUAAAGUUCAACACUUGUAUAACAAAUAAAAUAAAUGUGAGAAGUUUUGUCAAAUGCCAGUUGCUUUUUAAUGGUUUGUGUUUUAAGUACUAUUUGAGAAAAACUAAAAAAGAGGUUCAAUUAUUUUGCUAUGGACAAAAGACGCUUUUGACUCAGGUUAUAAGUAAGUCCACAGCACCUUUAGAGGUAAAAAUGGUGAAUUAUUUUCUGGGGCAUUUAUUGCUUAUUGUUCUGCUUUUUAUACAAGCGCUGCAGAGUAGAGAGAGCUCAUUUCACCGUAUGUGUUAGAGAAGCCAAAUCUGUCCAUGUGAUUCAAAGAUGAGAAACUCAGGUAGGAAAAUUGCUUUGUAAAUGUUCCUCUGUGUGGUUGUAACACUAAUAAAGGUUGGGAAACGACACUGGUUCACA